CCCAGACUCAGAAGUAUAAACAGUGACUUCACUUGGGAACUUGCUUUCUUAUUGUGGAAUGGCUGUUGAAAAUAUCACCCUGGACUCAGCUGAAAACUCUCCAAACCAGAGCAGCUGUGAUGUGUUCGUCUACCAGAGAGCAGCCGUGGUCCUCUUCCCUAUUUUCUACUCAGUGGUUUUUAUCAUCAGCGUGUGCGGCAACAGUUUGGUUCUCUAUGUGACCUGCCAGAGGAAGCAGAAAUUCAACUCCACCUCCGUUUAUCUGGUCAACCUCGCACUCUCUGACACCCUGUUCACACUGGCACUGCCUGGCAGAAUUAUUUACUACAUCCGGCACUAUGACUGGCCCUUUGGUGACCUCCUCUGCAGACUGACCACGCUGCUCUUCUUUGCAAAUACAUACGCAGGUAUUGGCUUCAUGACCUGUAUCAGUCUGGAUCGAUACCUGGCGAUGGUGCACCCACACCGGCUGCAGUGUUUGCGUAGCGUGAAGGUGGUUCGCAGGGUCUCCUGCCUGGUCUGGGUUGUGGUAUCCCUGGAGGUAGCCCCUCUGCUGUUCCGCAGCAUGCUGAGCGAGCACCAGGGAAGACAGACCUGCAUGGAGUACAUCAACUUCGACGGCUCCCGCUUCACCCCGUACCUCCUGCUCCUGGCCUGCGUCAUCUCCUUCUGCUGUCCGCUCGUCAUCAUCAUGGGCUGCUACGCCAAGAUCAACCUAAAGCUGCGAGCCGCAGCCAAGCAGAACUCUGUGACCGGUCGAUCGAGGAGGAGCCACAGGGCCAACACCAUCAUCCUACUCAUCCUCCUCACCUUCAUCGUGUGCUUCAGCCCUUACCACCUCAACGUUAUGCAGUUUAUGUCCAGAGAGAUACACCACAAGGCAACCUGCGAGGAGCUCAGGGCCUUUAAGGUGUCCUUACAGAUCACAGUUUCACUAAUGAACUUCAACUGCUGCUUGGACCCAGUCAUCUACUUCUUUGCCAUUAAGACCUACAAGAAGCGGGUGCUGAGUCUGUUCAAGGACUAUCUAUACACUUCCGGUGCCUCCUCCAAGGUGACAGCUGAGAACAGCAGCAGCAACACCUGAGAGAAACCACAGCCGAGCAUACAGGAUAUAUAAACAUACAAGCAGUGUCACAGACAAGCCCUAGUUUACUCUGGUUAAACUCAAAAAGGCCUAUUUUAGUCACAUGUGUUCAUGUGUGAUGUGUUUUGACACGACUAACAGGUCUUUUACUUGAGAUCUUGUGACAGUAGUGCAUGUACAUAUGCAGUAGAUGUUCAUUAAAAUGGACAACAUGUAUUAAAAUGUAUUGUUCCAUAUCUAUUAUAUUUUUCUUUUAACAUGAUGGUGUAUCUUACUGCCUUAUUCUCAUUGGCAUGUGUUUGCUACGCAGUAACAGUGGUGUCAAAAUGGACUUUGGUGAAUCUGUGUUUGUGCACAGGAACUAAGAUAAAUAAGCUAAGCUUUGUCUCAACUUUUUAAAAAAAAUGUCGUGAUCAUUAAUGCAGCACCACAGCAACUUUCACUUCCUUUACAGAGGAAAGAAACACACGGACUAAGUAAUGUGGCGAAUAUUUUUGAGUGAGGUGUCUAAGUGGAUUUAAUUAGUUUUACACUGGAGCUACUAAAAGAGAAAACUGUCAUGGGUGAUAUUGUGCCACCAAAAACAUUUCUCCAAUGGUCCCCAGAGCAUUAUAGAUUUUGGAUUAUGCAAAAGCUAUGCCAAAAUGAGAACAUACGUCACACAUCUCUCUUUCAUACCCACAUCUGAGUUGUGUGUGGGUGUGCAAAGACAAAUACCAUCACCACUUCCUCACCCACCUUUCCUGCUCCCCCACACAGGCCUCAUCCCAGCUGGGUCCCACAUCUCGUGUAUGUGUGUGUGUGUGUGUGUGCGUGUGUGCGUGCGUGCGUGCGUGCGUGCGUGCGUGCGUGCGUGUGUGUGUGUCUUAAGAAUUUAAGCAGGUGCACACCGUCUUUUUAUAGUGCAGAGUGUCAUGUUUAAAUUUAACCUUUACCAUUUCCUGGGUUUUUGGAAAAACUACGAUCUUGCAAAGAAAGUGAUGCACGCAAGUUGUGCCAUGAAGUAUUAAACUUGUUUAAGUUGUUACUGGUGUGUUUUGAUAUUAUUGUAACACUGAUCUACUUGUAAAUACAUAGAACACAAAAAAAAUAUUCUUUAGAGGUCCCUGAAAGUCAGUAACUGAGCUUUGAGAGACAGUCAUAUGUAUCAGAUGACAAAGGUGUAACCACCGGGAGAAAAGGCCCCCCUCUCGCAAUUAUUUACAUUGUAAAUAUAAAUAUUGUAUAAAGCAGC